AUGAGUCCCACCUUCCCCAACUCCUACCAGAGGGAGGGAAAAAUUACACCCCGCUCGCUGCGGCGCGGCUCUGGGAGGCGGAAGGUGGGCGGAAAUCUGCGAACCCGGGAGGAGAGUGCAGAGAAGCCGAGGGCCCAACGAGGGAAGAAGAGGAAGUUAAAGGAGGGGGAGGGGAAAGAGCGAAGAACUGAAGCCCAGGCAGGGGGCGUGGGGAGAGGGCGAGCCCGGAGCAGCCCGGAGUGGGGGGGAGGCGAGGCGCGCCCCCCGGAGGGAAGGGGUGGGCGCCGCAGGACCGACGGGGGCUCCCGCUGGAAGGCGGGCGUCGAAGGAGCCUGCGGCCGGGGGCUGCCCCGUACCCCUCCCCCGCCCUUCACACAAAGGGGCCCAGGGACCCCGCUUCCUGCUCUCGCCGCCGAGCCGGCCCGGGCCUGUGUGCUCCGUUCCAGUCUCUGCUGCCCGGACGGGUCUCUGGGCCGCGGCUCCCGCGGGCGUCGUCCGGCCCUGCUGUCCGCACUCGCCCGGCCUCCCGGGAGGCUCUGUCACGCCAAGGCCAUGGCCAUCGGCCGGGUCCUUGGUCUCACCGCCGCCCCUGCGCUGCGGCUCGCAGAGGGAAAAGGGGCGGGGGCUGUCCGGCGGCGGCGACCGUUGGGACUCCAGGCGAACCCACCUCUUUUAUUUCUCACCCCCACCCCCCCCAACCGCACACACCCGGAAGGGUUUCCCUGA